AUGCUUAUAUCUAAUGAUACUUUCGCUUCCUUAACUUCAAAUAUAGAAUCCGGAAAGCUUAUAGUGAACGGCACAGAAGAAGCGGAAGCCGAGGAAAUUAAAGAAUGGCAUUUUCAUGUUUAUUUUUUUCAGGAAAAUGAAAAAAGCAAAGAAUCAGCAUUAGCACUUCGACGAAAGAUAAUUGAAUUAAUUCGCGAAGGAUUUUUUCAUCCUGUUCCUUAUGCUUCAUUUAAUAUGGUUCCGAUGGGACCUCACCCAAUUGGUUCAUACGAAGUUUGGUGUCCAAAAGAACACUUUGCUCGAGUAUUCUCUUGGUUCGUGCUAAAUCGUGGUCAACAUUCUGUUUUAGUGCAUCCACUAACAGUUGAAGAGAUGAAAGACCACGCAGAACGAGCAGUAUGGAUGGGUACUCCAAUGCCAUUAGACACGAAAUGGCUUGCUGAACGUCUUCCACAAGUGCCAUUACAAUAUCCCGAAUUGAAAAUGGGGUACUCCGCGCCAACUUCUUCUCAUUCAUAG